AUGCUUGCUGUAGCAGAACGGAGCGAGGAUCGAACAGUGCCCCCAGUUACAGCACAGAGCCCCCAGUUACAGUACAGUGCCCCCAGUUACAGUACAGAGCCCCCAGUUACAGAACAGCGCCCCCAGUUACAGCACAGUGCCCCCAGUUACAGCACAGAGCCCCCAGUUACAGCACAGAGCCCCCAGUUACAGCACAGAGCCCCCAGUUACAGCACAGAGCCCCCAGUUACAGCACAGAGCCCCAGUUACAGCACAGAGCCCCCAGUUACAGAACAGCACACCCAGUUACAGCACAGUGCCCCCAGUUACAGCACAGAGCCCCCAGUUACAGAACAGCACACCCAGUUACAGCACAGAGCCCCCAGUUACAGCACAGAGCCCCCAGUUACAGCACAGAGCCCCCAGUUACAGCACAGAGCCCCCAGUUACAGCACAGUCCCCCCAGUUACAGCACAGUGCCCCCAGUUACAGAACAGUGCCCCCAGUUACAGCACAGCGCCCCCCAGUUACAGCACAGCGCCCCCAGUUACAGAACAGUGCCCCCAGUUACAGCACAGAGCCCCCAGUUACAGCACAGUGCCUCCCAGUUACAGCACAGUGCCCCCAGUUACAGCACAGUCCCCCCAGUUACAGCACAGUGCCCCCAGUUACAGAACAGUGCCCCCAGUUACAGCACAGCGCCCCCCAGUUACAGCACAGCGCCCCCCAGUUACAGCACAGCGCCCCCAGUUACAGCACAGCGCCCCCAGUUACAGCACAGAGCCCCAGUUACAGCACACUGCCCCAGUUACAGCACAGCUCCCCAGUUACAGCACAGAGCCCCCAGUUACAGCACAGAGCCCCCAGUUACAGCACAGUGCCUCCCAGUUACAGCACAGCUCCCCAGUUACAGCACAGCGCCCCAGUUACAGCACAGCGCCCCAGUUACAGCACAGCGCCCCAGUUACAGCACAGCGCCUCCCAGUUACAGCACAGCGCCCCCAGUUACAGCACAGAGCCCCAGUUACAGCACACUGCCCCAGUUACAGCACAGCUCCCCAGUUACAGCACAGCGCCCCAGUUACAGCACAGAGCCCCAGUUAUAGCACAGAGCCCCCCAGUUACAGCACAGAGCCCCCAGUUACAGCACAGCGCCCCCCAGUUACAGCACAGCGCCCCCAGUUACAGCACAGCGCCCCCAGUUACAGCACAGAGCCCCAGUUACAGCACACUGCCCCAGUUACAGCACAGCUCCCCAGUUACAGCACAGAGCCCCCAGUUACAGCACAGAGCCCCCAGUUACAGCACAGAGCCCCCAGUUACAGCACAGUGCCUCCCAGUUACAGCACAGCUCCCCAGUUACAGCACAGCGCCCCAGUUACAGCACAGCGCCCCAGUUACAGCACAGCGCCUCCCAGUUACAGCACAGCGCCCCCAGUUACAGCACAGAGCCCCAGUUACAGCACACUGCCCCAGUUACAGCACAGCUCCCCAGUUACAGCACAGCGCCCCAGUUACAGCACAGCGCCCCAGUUACAGCACAGCACCCCAGUUAUAGCACAGAGCCCCCCAGUUACAGCACAGAGCCCCCAGUUACAGCACAGUGCCUCCCAGUUACAGCACAGCGCCCCCAGUUACAGCACAGUGCCCCAGUUACAGCACAGUGCCUCCCAGUUACAGCACAGUGCCCCCAGUUACAGCACAGUGCCCCCAGUUACAGCACAGAGCCCCAGUUACAGCACAGAGCCCCAGUUACAGCAUAGCGCCCCCAGUUACAGCACAGAGCCCCCAGUUACAGCACAGCUCCCCAGUUACAGCACAGAGCCCCCAGUUACAGCACAGCGCCCCAGUUACAGCAGAGCUCCCCAGUUACAGCACAGAGCCCCCAGUUACAGCACAGCGCCCCAGUUUCAGCACAGCUCCCCAGUUACAGCCUGCGCCCCCAGUUACAGCGCAGCGCCCCCAGUUACAGCACAGCGCCCCCAGUUACAGCACAGUGCCUCCAGUUACAGCACAGAGCCCCAGCAACAGUCACAUGGAAGGGGACAAAUACAUUUUCAUAUCACUUUUUUUUUCAACUUGUUUGAUUCAACCUUGUAA